AUGUAUUGGGUAUCUCGGCCCUCUUGGCCGUCCGAGAUCGCAGAAAGUGUGACCAUGAUUGUCGCAGUGGUGGUUGAAUCGGGUGAGGAAGAGGUUAGGGGACAGGCUGGGCGAGGUACAACCAUUAUCCCAAUCAAGUCUCAUAUCGACGACUACAUAAGGUUCCUGGUUGCUACUCUCGAUGAUAAUGCUCGUAGAGAAUAUUGCGGAAUAGGGCUAGUGCUAGUCCGAGGAGGGUUUGGCGAUUGUGCGAAUCAACUCGUUUCCCGAAGGUCCUGGAUCCAAAAGGGGUCAUUUAGGCGCAAGACCACGAAAGAUAGACUACACCCACCCAUCACAGAAUUAUGGAAUCAUUUGAGGCUUAGCUUAACAGCUACCGUAAAUAACUGCCUAACAAAGCUAACCUCCACACUAGCACUGCCUUCAAGAAUGCCUCCUCCUAAUGAUUCGCCGGCCUAUCACCUGAUCCCUCACCCUAAACCCCUGUACGUCUAUCAGCUCGGCGCCAAUACUACCGUGCCGCCUUCUCUGCUACAGUCCCUGCAAAAGGAUUUAUCCUUCAAAUCUAUCACAUGGACAAAAGACGAAAUCUCGAUUGUCACUGAUCAGCCUCCAGAAGCGUUUGACGAUCUAAAGGUCGGCACGCCGGAUACUUUGCUGCAAAAUGGACCGGAUGACUGGGAGUACAUUGCCUUAGCGAUUAGGGGGCCAAUGGAUUUGUCCUUGACAGGAAUACUCUGUGGCCUGAUCACUCCUUUAAAAGCUGCGAACGUACCGAUAUUCACUCUGGCCACAUGGCAACUCCCAAAAAGACAAAACUUAUUCGGCGCUGAGAAGCGAUGGCUGGACCAUCGUACAGGAUGGAAUUUGACAGCUGUCUUACGAGAACGCCAAGUGCGCUCGAAAAUUGGGGAUGCGGAUAAAGGGAAAAGCCAGAUGUAUAAUUGGAAAAAUUGUCAUACACUGAGAGAAAAAUAG